AUGGAUAACUAUAAAUUUGCCACAAAGGUUUACUUGGGCAUCGAUAACAUCCACGUCAUGCGAGAUUCUCUCAACAGGGUUGUCGACGCCCUAAAAGAUUCCGACGUGACGCCUUUGGGGCCCAAUCGUGAUCAACUCGCCCGAAGCGGAUGGUUAAAACAUAUCACCGGCCUUUUGGAUGGCACUGCCCUGAUAGCAAGGCAGGUUGGUUUACAACAUUCACACGUCUUGAUACAUUGCUCCGAUGGGUGGGAUAGGACUAGCCAGCUGAGUGCGCUCAGCCAAUUGUGUCUUGAUCCUUAUUACAGGACGUUUGAGGGCUUCAUGGUCCUCGUUGAAAAGGAUUGGCUUUCAUUCGGUCAUAUGUUCCGCCAUAGAUCAGGGCACUUGAAUAGCGAGAAAUGGUUUCAGAUUGAAAAUGAUCGAUCCGGUGGGGAUGUUCGGAGCGGAUUUGGGGACGCAGGUGCGGCAGGAAAAGCUAUCGAAAACGCAUUUUUGAGCGCCAAAGGAUUCUUCAAUAGAGACAACGCCAGUCGGGAUUCCUUAGCGGACUCUGAUGGGGAAAUUGUACCCCUAGAGGUUGAUGUGGAUUCGAGGAGAAACAUUCCACGGUCGAAAUCGCCCGCGAACGAUGUCGAAGUUACGAAAGUCAAAGAAACAAGCCCCGUUUUCCAUCAAUUUCUCGAUGCCACGUACCAAUUACUCUACCAACAUCCUACGCGAUUCCAAAUUUAA